AUGAAUGUAUCACAUACUCAAUAUUUUCCUUUCUGGUAUAUUAUCAAUGAUUUAUUUAUUGUUUUAUUUAAUUUAAUAACUUUUUCUAUUGGAACAGUAUUUGUUUUACUUGUUGUACGAAAAAAAAAGUUACGUACAAUUAUGAAUAUUCUUUCAAGUAAUUCUUGUUUAUGCGGUUCAUUAUUAGCUUUUGCAAUUCUUUGGGAUAGUUUUUAUAUGAUUAAAAGUGAUAUAACAGGUAUAGCUCGACAAGAUCGAAAUUGUGUCAUACGAAAUAUAUGUAUGUUAACAACAAUGAUUGCUUUAAAUUAUUCACUUUGUCUUCAAACAUAUCAUCGUUUUAUUACAAUUGUUUAUUCUCAACAAACAUCUCUUCGUUCGAUGAAUUUCUAUAUUAAAAUACUUAUUAUUCAAUGGUUUAUAUAUCCAUUUCUUCUAUUACCUAUAAUAUUAAGUAAUGAAAUUGUUUAUCAACCUGGAAGUUUUGUUUGUCAAAUCUCAUUUUCAAAUAUACCAUUUUUUAUUUAUUUAUUUAUUUUAUCAUAUGGAAUUCCAUUAAUUUUCAUUAUUAUUUUACAUGUAUGUAUGAUUUAUUAUAUACAAAAACAUUGGAAAUCUCAUCGACAACGACGUUUAACAAGUAUAUAUGUUAUAUGUCCAUUACAACGUAUUGUUCUUAUUACGCUUGUUCUUAUUAUAUCAUAUUUACCAUGUGGAAUAUUUUUUAUUUAUGAACAUUUAUAUUUAACUGUUAUUCCUUAUGCACAAAAAAUUAUUUUAUUAUUUGCUUCAUUAUCAUUUGCAUUAACAAUGAUUUUAACAUUUGGUUUCAAUAGAUCUGUACGACGAUCAUCUUUUUCAUUAUUUCAUCGAACAAAUAGACAAAUGAUUAAACAUAUUGUCUAUAGACCAUCAAGAAAAUGA